AUGAAGGACUUUGACGCCAAAUAUGGCAACUGGCCAAGACGAUUGCUUCACGUCCCGACCCUAACAUCGCACGAGUGGCGGCCGGGCCACCGCUACGGGGGCCACGAACGCCCGGCCUACAACACACUCUCCUACACGUGGGGGAGAUAUGCGCUCAAGGAGGGCGAACAGCCGGCAGUGAAGGCCCUGCCCAUUCGGAUCGAAGGCCGCCGCACCUGGAAGAUCCCGCGGAUCAACCCGGCGCACUUCAGCGUCGAGGAGUUCCACGCCGCCGUGAAGCUCGCGACAGCGGCCUUCUCGCCCCUCGAUCUCGACAACCGCUGGAUAGAGAGGAGGCACAUGGACCCGGAGCUUGUCGUGGACUUUUUGUGGCUCGACGUCGCCUGCAUAGACCAGGAGCACGCCAAGACCAAGCUGGCCGAGAUCAACAGACAAGCCGCCAUUUUUCAAAAUUCCCGGACCUCCUGUGUUUGGUUGGGCCAUUUGGGCCACGACCAGCUGCUCGAGAUCCAGGACUUCUGCAGAGAGAGAGGCUGGUCCCAACUUCCGGUCAACAACAAAACCAACAAGGAGCAGCAGCAUCUGGAGUGGGUGCAGCAGCGGCUUUCACGCGUUCAAGAGAUCGUAGAGCUUGUUCUGCUCAAUAAACAGGAAAGUGACGACAAGGACGCCGCCCGCACAAUGGCGCCCUGGUUCUCCUCGCUCUGGACGCUCCAGGAGGCCUACCUGCGGCCGCAUUCCUGCCUUCUUCCUCGGGACUGCCUCGAUAUGCUGGACGGCCCGGCCGCCGGCAGCUCGCAAAGAAUGCUCACCCUGAGGGACUUGAACAUGGCCUUGCUGCCGGCAGUGGCCCUCUGCAACGAAUGCGUCGCCCUGGACGUGGGCCCUCGCGACCGACUCAGAGCCAUCGCAGACAAGGUCCACGAGGCCGGGCUGCGGGAGCUGUACAGCAAGAGCCCGUUCGCCAUCUUUGCCGCCUCGAGCAGGCGGGAGGCGUGGGACCCGUGCGACAGGGUGUACGGCAUCAUGCAGAUCUUUGGCAUCCAGCUGCCGCUGCGGCGGCGAGGAGACGGCAAGAGCUGCACGCCGGCCGAGCUCCGGCAGAUGCUGUCAGAGAAGCUGCUCCUCGCCUACCCCGUGGAGACCCAGCUCUUUGUGCACACGGAGCCGCCGCGGGACCCGAUGUCCAAGUGGCGCAUCGGCAGCUCUGCGGCGCUGCCCCGCUGGGCCAACGACCUGGUCGGCCCCGCGAGGAGCAGCGAGCGCGUCCACUGGGAGCGGCCUCACCCGGCCAGGCCCCUCCCGCUCUGCAGGUUUUCGGUCACGCACGGGUCGGCAUAUUUCCAGGGUCGGCUGUGUGCGCUGAAUGACCUGCUCGUCUCUUUCGAAACCUUCGACGCCGUCAGGCCGCUCGACCACGAGACCGCGAGCGAGCGGGUAGAGGAAAGCAUGGGAAAUGUGGACGUCACAUUCGACAUGAUCCCCAGCACGCUGCCCGGCGGAUCUCGCCUCCAGAUCCCAGGAAUAACCGGUUUCCUCUUUGCAGAUAUCAACUAUCAUUAUAACGACAUUCACAAAAUACUUGCCAAAAUGGCGACUAAUAGUAAGGAUACCGACGGUGGCGACGUACAGGUUCUUCUUCUCGGCUCCUGCCUCGAUCCACUGCUGGCUUCAUAUCUGAAGCAGGAAGGGGCCGCGUGCGAGGGGUUUGGGGCGGCUUGGAGGGAAGAACACGACGAGUGUGGUUCAAGGCAGAUCGUUGGGUGA